CUUAAAUCUCUUGAGUUCGCUAUCGUAGCGUAGCCUACGUGUGCUCCAGUCUUGUUUGGAGUGUGCACAGACGCGCUACUUAGAAAUCGGCAUGUUCGAGCGCAGCCAGUAAGCGACACAAGGAGAUAGGCUUGUCUUUUGGUAUCCGCUUUCUGCCCGCAGGGAAAAUGCUCUGAGGUUCGAACCAGCAGCGCGCGAGUUUAGGGGAUCCAACAGUUCAACCUUCAGCGAAAUUGUGCAUGAAACAACAGCACAUAACUGAAUACAGGAAUACAUAGCUAUUUCUUCACUUGCAAGAGGCAUGAAUACCAGCGAUGCCAAGGAGUAUCUCGCACGGAGAGAGAUACCUCAGCUCUUUGAGAGCUUGUUAACAGGUUUGAUGUAUUAUCGGCCGGAAGACCCAGUGGAGUAUCUGGAGACCUGUCUGAAAAAGGUGAAGGAGCUGGGGGGGACAGAUAAAGUCAGGUGGGACACCUUUGUGGGCCAGGACAAGAAGUCCCUGCCCCCCCUCAAUGGAGGCCAAUCACGAAGGUCCUUCUUCAGAAACGUGUUGCCAGAGAGUCCCAACUUUCCUUACCGGAGGUACGAUCGUUUGCCGCCCAUCCACCAGUUCUCCAUCGAGAGCGAUUCCGACCUAUCGGAGACUGCCGAGCUCAUCGAGGAAUACGAGGUUUUUGAUUCGUCCAGACCGCGGCCCAAAGUCAUCCUCAUCAUUGGUGGGCCAGGCAGUGGCAAGGGCACCCAGAGCUUGAAGCUCGCAGAGAGAUACGGUUUCGAGUACGUGUCGGUGGGGGAGCUCCUGAGGAAGAAGAUGAUCCACAACGCCACCAGCAACAGGAAGUGGAGCCUGAUUGCCAAGAUCAUCACCAAUGGGGAGCUGGCUCCACAGGAAACCACUAUAACUGAGAUAAAACAGAAAAUCAUGAAAAUCCCAGAUGCCAGUGGUAUUGUCAUUGAUGGAUUUCCUCGUGAUGUCGGGCAAGCUCUGUCAUUUGAGGAUCAGAUCUGCACUCCAGACCUGGUGGUGUUUUUAGCCUGCACCAACCACCGCCUGAAGGAACGUCUGGAGAGGCGCGCAGAGCAGCAGGGUCGCCCCGACGACAACCCCAAGGCCACCGAGCGCCGCCUGACCAACUUCAAACAGAACGCCGUCCCCCUGGUCCAGUACUUCCAGGAGAAGGGCCUCAUCGUCACGCUCGACGCAGACAGAAACGAAGAGGAAGUCUUUGAUGAUAUCAGCGUAACCGUUGACAACAAGCUCUUUCCAACCAAAGAACCAAUAGCCGGCCCCAGUGAGCUCGACCUCAGUCUGCUCGUGGAAACGUCCAGCCUGGCAGAUAUGUCGUCUGAGUUUGAAGAGCAGGCUUACGAUGAGCUGGCUGGAUAUGCAGUGGCGAAUGUGACAGGGUUUCUAGACGAGACGAAGAAACAGAAGAUCAUCUUUGUUAUCGGAGGUCCGGGAGCAGGGAAAGGGCUCCAGUGUGAGAGGAUGGAGGAGCGAUACGGGUUCCGCACCCUGUCCCCGGCAGACCUCCUGCACAGCGAAAUACAGGCCGACACCGAGCGGGGCCGCUUCCUGCGAGACGUCCUGGAGAGAGGAGAGCAGCUGCCUGUGGAUUUGAUGCUGGAACUGCUGGGUGAAGCCAUGGCCGCCCCCUUCCACGGAAAGGGAUUCCUGAUCGACGGCUUUCCCCGAGACGUCCGACAAGCUGAGGAGUUCGAGGCCAAGAUCGGCGAGCCCAGCCUGGCCCUCCUUCUAGAGUGUUCCACGGACGUGCUGUCCAGGCGUCUGCUGAGGCGCGCCGGGUCGAGCCUCAGAGCCGAGGGGAGCAGAGACACCGUCUGUAAGCGGGUGGAGGCCUUCUGCGGCACGUGCGAGCAGAUCAGCGCCCGCUACGAGCACAGGAGGCUCCUACACAGGAUCGAUGCAGAAAGGCCACCGGACGAAGUGUUCCAUCUGAUCUGCCAGAUCCUGGACUCCUGCUAAAGCCCCACCCAGGACCCUCAGUGCUGCCACCCAGUGGUCAGGAUGUCUGAUUGAUGUGUAUGGACCCUGAAAGCCCCUGAAGACCCCCCCCCCCCCCCCCUCCCCCCUCCCCGAGCAAACCCACUGCCACAGUCCUCCUCAGCCUCACCUCUGAAAGGAAUCCGGACAACGCGCUGGCAAAUCUAAGCUCGGCUGGGUCAAGGACCGAACCGCAGGAAAGCCACUCACGAAUGACGACGGAUCGGAUCGUGCCACUGCGGUGAAAAAAGCCCUCAUGCCCAUCCAAUGAUUGUUGUCCUGCGCCCCCCUCCCCCAAAAAACCACCGCCUGCUGUUCGGGCGAUCCCCCCCUGCUUUAACACGACGGAGCUCAGACGCCCGGCAUUUAAACAGCCUGCCACUCCGCCGGCUCGCAACCAUAGGCAACAACAUUGUUAUUGAUCAUGUCUGUGCUUUGUGCUUCUCAUGCAUGACUGACUGUUUAACAAAUAUUAAGUGAGACUUUGCUGCUGGCUGUUUGUCCGGAGGGAUCUCAUUUUUCACACUUUGUAAAACAGUAUUACCGCAAGUACCAUUUGGACUCAAUAAAAGCUGUUACAAAUUUUA